AUGGAGUAUGAUGCAGACCCUUUGCACAGAGGAGUUCCAGCAAACGCCACCGGGGUAAAAACUCUCGUUACACCUCAAAACAUAACAAUUCGUUAUAAGGAACCUGGGAAGGAAGGUGUAUGUGAGACUACGCCUGGUGUGAAUUCGUACUCUGGAUAUAUCGACCUUGAUGCCAACUCACAUACCUUCUUUUGGUUCUUUGAAGCCCGAAACGACCCUGCAAAUGCACCAGUCACUCUAUGGCUGAAUGGUGGACCGGGUUCCGAUUCUAUGAUUGGUCUCUUUCAAGUCACUGGUAUCUAUGAGAACGCUUCCUAUGCCGGGGCACAGGGAAGGUAUCCUGUCAUCAAUGCGACAGCUCUUGAUACUACAGAUCUUGCGGCUGUGGCCGCUUGGCACGUUCUGCAAGGGUUCCUCGGUGGUUUACCCCAACUCGACCCGGCUGUCAAUCUUACUACGAAAAAGGAGUUCAACCUAUGGACAGAGUCUUAUGGUGGUCACUAUGGUCCCGCCUUCUACAAGUACUUCUAUGACAGAAACCAGGAAAUCGCAAAUGGCACUAUUGCAGGCAUCCACCUCGACUUCAACACCCUUGGUGUUGGCAAUGGAAUCAUUGACGAAUACAUUCAGGCACCAUUUUAUCCUGAGUUCGCUGUAAAUAAUACAUAUGGCAUCAAGGCUUAUAAUGACACAGUCUACAACUUUGCAAAAUUUGCUCUGAAUAUGGGUAACGGCUGCCUUGACCAGAUUAAAUUUUGCCGCGCGACAAACUUGACGACGGCCGCAGAUCAAGCAGUAUGCACUGAAGCCGAGAAUAUCUGCAGAGAUACCGUGGAGGGAGUUUACUAUACGUUUGGAGGACGAGGAGCAUACGACAUUCGACAUCCUUAUGCCGAUCCUACUCCACCAACCUAUUUUAUGGAUUUCUUAAACUUAGCUUCUACGCAGGCUGCUUUGGGUGUCAACCUAAAUUACAGUGCGGACUCCAAUUUGGAAGUUUACUAUACUUUCCAGCAGACUGGAGAUUUUGUCUAUCCGACUUUCUUGGAGGAUCUAGAAUACUUACUCGCAAACGACGUUCGAGUAUCGCUAUACUACGGUGAUGCGGAUUAUAUUUGCAAUUGGUUUGGCGGGGAAGCCAUUUCUUUGGCCGCGAACUACACUCACAGCGCCGAAUUUGCGGCAGCAGGUUAUGCUCCUUUCGUAGUUGAUGGAACAGAGUACGGAGAAGUGAGACAGUAUGGGAAUUUCAGUUUCUUGAGAGUCUACGAAGCAGUACCGUACUACCAGCCAAUAGCAAGUUUGGAAUUUUUCAGACGAACAUUACUUAACCUCGAUAUUGCCGAUGGAAAAUCGAGGCUUACGAGUAAUUAUUCAAGCCCAGGUAUCGCUUCAGCCACCCAUACUGAACCCUUUGUCGCUUUGCCAUCAUCGACAUUAGGUUAUAGCACGGCAGCUGCUGGACUACCUAACUGGCAAAGAUAG